AUGACGAACCUCCAACAAAUUACCAUCGGUGCGAUUGAAGGUGUAGCACGUGGCGCAGGCAACGAGUUCCUCGUCUCCCUCGAUAUGCGCUUUGCGACUAAAACCCAUACACUUCUGGGACAACCAGAAAUUGGAUUAGGUCUUAUCCCUGGUGGCGGAGGAAGCCAGUACCUGCCCCGCCUGAUCGGACGUGGUCGUGCAAUGGAGUAUAUCCUGAGUGGCAAAGAUGUUGGUGCCGUAGAAGCAGAGCGCAUAGGCUGGAUCAACAAGGCUUUUGAUACUACAGCAGAGAUGAAUGGCCAUAUUGAUGAUCUCAUCUCGCGUAUGGUCUUAUUCCCAAUUCAAGCUCUUGGCCUCGCCAAGCAGUCAGUCAAUGUCGCCACAAGACCCCAGCUCAGCGAUGUCUUGGGGGAUUCGGACAGGUUCUUGCAAACAGCGUCUAAUCCUGUCGCCCAGGCCCUUAUUGGGAAAGCAAUAGAGAUAAGUGCGAAUCAGUCAGAUGGCAAUAUCGAACGAUUCUUCGGAGAAGCUAUACCUUUGUUGUAUAACUAG